AUGGCAACUGUGGCAGAGGUUACUUCCAUGUUGAGUGUGGUGAGGCUGGUUUUCUGUUUACCCACAGCUGUUCCUUUUGUGUUUUCUGCCCAGGGUGCCUUCAGCAGGCUAGAUCCCGAUGGUCACGUCUGCAAGGAAGCCGUGAAGGGUGCCAUAGAGAGGCAAGGGGAAAUACCCGCAGUUGCCAAUUUGGCCGUGUACCUGGUCAGCGAUUACUCCAGUUGGCUGACAGGAGAGGUUAUUCGAAUGGAUGGGGGUCACCUAAACUACAAUGCCAGUGUGUUCAACAGGCUUUCUGACGUACCGAAGGACCAGAGGAAAGCCAUCGAGGCUGCCAUCAGGCGUGCCAACGGUUCAUGAUUAUUCAUGGUUUGGCUGGAGUUGUGAAAUGUGCUCCUUAGGUAUAAGGUCUGCUAAGGUCUUUUUUUUUUAUUGAGCUCUAUAUACUUGGCGACAGCUUAGGCAUUGAGUACAAGCUCCAGCCACAAAAUAGCAUUGUGCUUGCCUUCUGCGCCUCUGUGCGCUGAAACAUAAUUCCCGAGAGAUGCCAAUAUUGAAAGACGUUCGCCUCCGCUCUGGCAACAUAGAAACAAGCGAAUGUGGUUUGUUGGUGCGUGUGUGCGAAUUCUGUUUGAGUCGGAGAGCAGUGUAUUUGCAACUGCAUUCUUGGGCUGUCAGCAACUUUUGUUCUUGCGUCAAAUUGUAGAAAAAUUGCUGCAGUUUAAAAACUUGGCAAGAGUUAGGCUGUAUGCCUAUGAAGGAAACAACCUUAAGUAAAGCAAGAGCCUUUUUAGCCCAAUUAUGACAUGUUAAUUUGUGUGAUAGAAAGAGAGUGAGAAAGAGGGCAAGAAAGGUUUUGCAUUGCCUAAGAAUGACUGGUUUGGGGAAAGUCAUGGCCAAUGGUGGUUUAGUGGCAGCCAUGUGUUUGGUACUUUGAAUUUAGGGUAUUAUUUGCAUUCAGUAAUUUGUAGAACAGAACCUGGGCUUUAUGUAUUUGACAUGUAGGAAACUAUGGUUCUGUUUUGUUAUUCUCUAAUGCUGUGCACUCUGUUCAAAAGUUGUAACUUUAAUGUAGCUGUUGCUGUGGGUACUCUUUGUCUGUUUUGUUUAACAAUGGGGGGUUUCAAACAACGGGAACUUCUUGUGCCUUUUCUAGAACUAUAUUUUUUUAGAGAAAUAAAAAAUUAUAUUUUUAC